AUGCAUUCCCUCUCCACAUCAUUCCUCGCCCUUUCCAUGCUCUCAAGCACCGUCUCCUCCCAAGGGACUGCCAGGGUAUGGACACACUUCUAUCCCAACUGUCCAGGAGACACAUUCACCAAGCUUGACACCUACGAAAACUACGAAGAAAAUGCUCCCUCUCAAGAUAUCACAGUCAACAGCUGCAAAAACAUCGCAGUCCCCUCCUACGAGCACAGCCUCGUCAGCGCCGUCUCCAUCGACGCAGAGCUCCUCACCCACGACCACGACCUCCCCUUCCUAGAAGGCGGCAGCGGCUGCAACAUCACCGUCCACGAGGUCCCAGAAUGCAUCGACGAACCCCUGAUCAGCAAAGAAAUCCGCAACGGAGUCGAAAUCAGCCAAUGCGAGAAGCGCGCAUUCGCAGCAUACAGUCAAAUCUGGGUAAAUCUCAUCUGUGACGAGGAUAGCCCUUUACACGAAGACAAGAUCCCCACGCCUGGCAAGGCUGCUCAAAAGCAAGCCAAUGUUCAACAAGGCGUUCCCACCAACCAGCCCGAUGCACCUGUUCGCGCUGAGAAACAAACUUCCGUUGAUGAUAUCAACAAUAUUCAGACACCGGGGUCGAACUCGGAUACUUGGAGAGUGGCUCAGACUACGAAUAAUCAGCGUGAGCCUGCGCAGGAGAGUCGUGUCAACAAUGCUGGUCAUUCUGAGAGUGAGCAUAUUGUGCAUGAGAUGAUGGAGUUGUUGAAGAAUAAGACUUCGCAGAUUGUUUCGGCUAAGAAUAAUGGUACGCAGCACUUCAAUUUCAGUCAUGGAAAUGGCACUGCUGCGGGUAACCGCACUAUGAUGGCUCGUCGACGUCUGUCGGUUUUGCGGAACCGGGUUGCCCGUCUCAUCUAG